UUCCGGUUUUCCUCUUGACUUGACUCUCCUGUAGUUCCAGUUCGGUUGCGUCUUGAACUUCAUGUGUUAAACUCCCGACCACCCAUUUUUUAGGAGAUCAUGAGGUUUGGGCGACGGACAGCGCGAAAACAGACUAUGUCCGUUUUCUUAACGUGUUGCUCGGGAUUUACAGAUUUUAAAAGUCGUCAAUUCAUUCUUUAGUUGACGUCGAAUGAGGCUAGUAGGACCGACCAACACGCAACUUUGAGCCCCAGCGCCAGUCGUUGGUGGAGCGGAGAGUCGUCUUCGUACCUCGCCGUUCGAAGAACCCUCAUAUAAAUUAGGUUUUACAUGUUAUAAUCUGACUUGGUUAUGUAUACCGGGACAAUGCUUAAGGUAUGCCUGCGGAAAGCUCUCUGGCCGACUGUACAGAAGUUACCGUCGGGACUGAGGCAGUCUCCAGCAGCAGCGGUUGUGGCGCUGAGACUCCCGGGGACAACGCGACACUCGCCGUGCUGCUGGAUGGGAACACAUGGGAGAAACGAGCCCAGGGAGACACUCAACUCUCCCAAAAGGGCCAAAGAGUUUAUUUAUCGCCUACACCCGAAUGAGAGGACGUGUUUACUGCAGGAGCUUCAGAUUUUCGAGUCCAAAGCAAUCGCUCAAGAGACUCUGGAGCCGUCGCCGCCGACUACAGCCCAGAUCAGAUAUGUUUUAUUCCACAAUGCCGUCCCCUUCAUUGGGUUUGGUUUCCUGGAUAACGCCAUCAUGAUUGCAGCAGGAACGCAGAUUGAACUCUCCAUCGGAGUCACUCUGGGGAUCUCCACCAUGGCUGCCGCUGCUCUGGGGAAUCUGGUUUCAGAUCUGGCAGGUCUUGGUCUGGCAGGUUAUGUGGAGGCUCUGGCUUCCAGACUGGGGAUGCAGGUUCCUGAUCUGACACCCAAGCAGGUGGACAUGUGGCAGACCAGGCUCAGCUCUCACAUGGGGAAAGCCAUCGGCAUCACCAUCGGCUGUAUUUUGGGAAUGUUCCCGCUGCUUUUCCUGAGCGAUGACGAUGAUGAGGAGAAGAAGAAGAAGAACGGGGCAGAAGCACAGUGACGCAGCAUCACACUCCUAACAAUCCACCACAUCUCUAACUGGAUUCUGCUUCAUGUCCACAUUACAAAGGAGUGUUUAACAAUAGAUUCCCUGUCAGGAGACUCAGGUGGCUUUCACAAUAUGGCUCCUAUUGAAUACAAACACAGCAGUAUUAUGGAAUAAUUCUUUUUGAUUCUUGCCAUUUAUUGAUUUAGUUUGUAUCACAUUUAUUUAUGCUCAGGAAAGAUCGGUCUGCAUCAUGAGAUCCUGCUCCUUAUUGAUUUUUCCAUCAGCUCCUUCAAGAUGGAUUGUUGGCAUUCAAAGAAACACUAAAGCAAUUUUUAGUUCCCUCAUUCCCCAGAGUCUGUUGCCUUAAAACAUUUUAUUUUAAAGCAACAUGUUUAUCAUGGAAAUGAUUCAAUCCUAGUUGUUUGAUCUCAGUGUACCUUCUUUAUUAAAAUAGUAAGUAUCACUAUGAAUUAUGUAGCAAUUCUGAAAAUUCCCAUAUACAUUUGAUUGUUUCCAUUUUAAAAUGAAUCAGAUAAAAGCUAAUGAUGUCAUGAUGACUGUUAAGAGACUAGAUUGCAGUUUUUAUGUUCAUUAGAUCCGUUACAGAACGUGAUUCAGCUGAUUUCUGUAAAGGAGAACCAUAACAUCCUUUUCAAUUUCUUUAAAAAAAAAAGGAACAAGGUGGAACUAAAUGGAUUUUCUAGUUUGGUUUUUGAAAACUGGUUUAGUUGCUGAACAUCUCUAGAGGUUUUCUGGUGUGGUUAGCCUUUUUCCUAGAUAACCCUGAUUUGCAGAAAGUUGCUCAACUUUAGAGUAUUGCAGAACUUGACAUUCUUGACAAAAGCAACCAGAAAAGUCAAUGAAUGAGAAGCUUGUUAACACUAAUCCAUCUGGUGCCUUCACUUUAAGUUGCGGUGUAUGUUAGAGAUUGAGUAAAAUAUAGGCACAGUAAUACAAACUAUAUAUAUGAUUUAAGUAUGUUUAGAUAAAUCGGUAAAGCUGCAACUAUUUCUAUUUCAGAUAUGAUUAUAUUAAGGUUAUAUUUGGUAUUCUUAUAGGUAUUUUGAUUUUGGCGCAUAAGUAUAUGGAAAUAAUAAAUAGUGUUACAAUGUUGUGCAGAACGGUUUACCUUUUUGUUAUUCCACUUUCUAUUGAGUGACUCUAAGAACAAGCUGAUUUUAGCGGAUUCAUUAUUCGAGCUAACUAGCCUGCAGUCAGCUGCUUACCAGUUAUGCUACUUGGAGUUUGCUGGCUAUGGUUUUACUACAUCAGAUGUAGGACUGAUUUAGUUUUGAGUUGAGACCUUUGUUGUCGUUUUCAUGACUGGACAUUUUUCCAAGCAGAUUUCAGGGUUUCUUCAGUCAGGUAACUAGUGAGUAGCAACAAGUGGAGGAGGGGCAGUGAUUUGUAACGUUACUUUUCCUUCAUACAACGGGGAAAAACUGGUCAUUCUUUCUAUGCGUUUGGCAUUUCUUUAUCAGGACUUUAGGAUUUAGAGACAGAUUUGAAAAUGUAAUAAAAAAUAAAAACGAUUAAAAAAUAAUAACAAUAACCAGCACAUGUCUGCUGAAUACAUGCAUCCCCAAUAAUGAGAGCGCAUGCGAUUUAUUUCUCCUUUCCAGUUCCCAGUAUGACAUUAAUGUUAUGAAGUGAGGUGAUCUUAAGAAAUAAAAGAAUCCAAGCAGGGAAUAUUCUUUUGCUUUUCUUGAUUACGCCUUUCUCUUUAAGUUUAACUUUGUUUUAAAAAUUAUUAUUAAUCAAGUGUUUGUCACUCAAAAAGCACAAAAGCCUUCUGUGAAAGCCGCCUGAGUAGAAGCACUCACCUGGAACUGAGUCUUCCUCUUUCCAGUUAUUCCCCACAAAGGGAGGAUCCACAGCUAGAUGUCCCAUGGACUGAAACCGGUCAGUUCUCAUUGUCAGUACGUACCUACUGAAAGCAGCAGAUUAACCCAUUUUCAUAUUUGUCAUUUUAUUUGUCAGCUCAACUAUUAUGACCUUUUUUCCACUCCAAAUAACUAAAUAUAAAAGCACAUUUACAAAAUGUAUUUUUGUCAUGAAUAGACACUUUAUACUUUUGGAAAACGUCAUCUCAAACACUAUUUAUUUGUAAAGAUCAUAAUCAUUACGUCAGUGGCAAACUAAUAGUCACUGCAGAUGAAUAUGAAAAGUCUUGUGCAACUUGAACCUUUGACAAAAUAAAAAAGAUGAAGCAGAUAUAAUGUUGUCUGCUACCUCGAGGAGUAAUGUUGUCGUUUCUGCAUGAAGAACUGAUGUAGCUGCGUGUUCUUAUUUAUAUCAGGUAUGUUUUCCUUCUCAGUUUGAUAAGAAAGCAUCCUUGGAUAUUUUCUAUGGCUUUAUAUCAGGAAACAUUGAGUGGUAGGACACACUAAUUAGAAACUGAUUUUUUUCUUCUUGUUUUUAAGGUUGUUCUGUAUCAGCUUGUUUUCUUUUGUGUUCGGCUCUUUUCUCUCCUACAUGCGCUCAACUUGAGUCCCACCAUCUGUGUAUUUUAGUUCUUUGGAAGUGAUCACAGAGGAAGCUCCACAUGGCUGAGAUUUUUAUUUCCAAAAACAUUUAUGCAAGGAAAAAAAACCUCAAAGAGACGGCGCAGACAUUUCUGCAUCCCCCCUUUUGUUUCUGUCUGUUUUCUUGAUGUCUUGUACAACAACACAUCAGCAGAACUUCAAGGUGCUAAUAGUCAAAACUGCAAAAAUCUUUUUCAUUCUCUUUGUUUUUUGUGUUCAGGCAUUUUAUAUGUUUAAUAUGUUAGAAAUAGUGCCUGGAUUUCAAACUACAUAUGCAAGUGUAUUUCAGUUAAUUAGAAUAUCAUUGAAGAGUCGAUUUAUUUCAGUAAUUCCAUCGGUUCUUGUUAUUUUCUAUGAUUUUUAUCUUACAGUUAAUGAAACCCCAAAGUUAAUUAAGUUCCAGCAAUACAUAAGGACAAUAUGAUUAAAUAUAAGUAAGGAUUUUUAGUGCAGUAAUCCCAGCUUGUUGAAAAGCAUACCUGAAUUGUAUAUCAUCUUAAUACUUGGUCAUAGACCGUUUUGCAUAAAUUACUGCAAUAAUAUAACUUGUUGGUUGAGGCACUACUGAGGUGUUAAGGAAGCCAAGGUUUCUUUAAAGGUAGCUUUUGAUGUGAUUUUUGUUGAUAGAUUUGGUGUCUGUUUUUCCUUCCAUCAAAUUUCACAUUGGGAUAUUUUGAAUGGCUUCUUUAGCAAUGACCUCUUGUGACCUAUCCUCCUGGUGAAAAACAUUGAAGAUUCUGUUGGACAGGUGUCGUCUGUCAACUGCAUCUUCCCUGUGAUUGUGUGAAGAAUGUAACAUUUCUGUUUUAAAAACUUUUUUUUUUUAAACAGAAUUAAUUUAAUUUGUCUGAGAAACAAAUUCGGAGGUUUCGUCAGGUGAGAGCCAAACUAAUCAUAGCUUUAAUAGCUCAUAAACCUUUUUGAUGUUCUAAUUUUUUGAAAUGCACCUGAAAGAAAAGUCACAUGUAGGAAUCUUAAGUGGAAAAAAAAUGAACUAAUGUAGUUGAUUGUGGAAUAGUUUGUGUGAACUCCUCUUUAGUUUAUGCAGAUGUUUUUUCUGUCUUUAUUCUGGUGAUGCAGGCAUGCAACAAAGAACAAUAGCUCCAGCUUACGUUAUUGUUACAGAUUUACAAUGAUUGAUUCUGUUCUGACCUGGAGAGAAUCUGAAUUGAUUAAAACUUUGUGUUGUAAUUAGAAAAUCAAUGAUAUGAACUUUAGGAUUCAGAGCAUAUCUAGUUCACAGAGACAUUUAAAAAUCUGCUUGACUGAUAUGUGAGGAGCUGAGAGGCAUCUUAAAUGGAUCCACUGGAUCACACAUUCCUCAAUCUUUAUCGGUUCUGUUCUGUUAGGCUCAGCUAACAUUUAAUGUAUAUUUUACCAAAUCCAACAAAAGCAGAAUCUUACUAAAACUCAAAUAUGUUAUUUGUAAUUGUAUCUACUUUAUUGAACAUAUUAUGUAUUAGAGUGAUGAGCACAAAUUGUGUGACUAAAGUAAAGACUUGAGAGCUAAAAGAAACUCUGAUCUGAACUUUACUGAGCAUGAAAGCAGCUGCAGGAGUUAAAACGAGGAGGGAGAUUACUUUGUUUCCUGCCUGCCUUGUUCAGAGGAAGAUUUGUUGUGAAGGAUUAUGAACAAUUUAUUGUUUGUUCAGGUUGUGUAUUAAAUUGUUAGGGACUAAAAUAAGUGGUGUGCCGUUUCAGCAUGAGCAACCUGAUUUGUUUCCUUUUGCAUCAAGUUUACAUUAUGCUUGUUUUUUUAAGAAUUAAUAUAAAUACAAUAUUUGCUUGAUUUAAAUAAAAAAAUGUUUGAAUUAUGAAUACUCUUGUCAAAGGAAUGCAAUGUUGUGCUGCCAUCUUGUGGUGAGUCUGGAACAGCAGCUGCCAUGCACUUAAACAUGUUUGUACUAUAGAACCUGUACUGUCUACACAGUGUUUUUGCAGAAUUGUAUGCAACAAAGUAAUAUAAUAAAUAUGAGAAUGUUUACUCGUU